GUACAUUCCUGUACUCUGUUGGUAUUAUAUAAAUGUUAAUAUAUUGCUACAUCGAUAAAAGGCUAUGUGCUGUGUAACGCUAACUUACAUAAUUGUAACAUAAUUCACACUCGUUUUCAGAAAGAAAUAGUUUGUGUUUUAAACAGGCAAUAAUGACGGCAGCUAUCUGCCUGGAAGGCGGGUCCUAUUUGUUUUCCAGGCGAAAAGUAGAUCUGACUGGCCGGGGAGAGGAGGCAUGACUUCAGAACGAAAUGGGAUUGGUCCGUUCCAGCGCCAGUCACGUGUGUGUGUGUUGGUGGAAUAUAAAGAGCGUGCCUGCGCGAGAGCAACGGAUCGUGUAAGAGCCAGUCUGUUGGAUGUAGUCAUAAUACUUUGAUAUUAAUGUCUCUCUCAGCGCAACAGCAGAUCACAGUCUGAACGUCGUGCUAGUUAGGUAUGAGCUAGUCUUUCUGCGAGCUUUCUCUCCACUUGUAUUUUUCUUUGAGGAGGGAGGGGUGAGCCAACCGGGGUGGGCAGUACCAAUGCUAUUGGAUGCCAAAAGAGAAGCCCCUCCCAGAAGAAGAUGAUCAAGAUGUCUGUGGAGAAGGAAGUAAUGGCGCUGCAGGUGCCUGUCCUUCAGUCAGAGCAGCUCAGAUCCCCCAAGACUCAUCCACUCCAUCCCAAAAAUGGUAUCCAGUCCUCCCACAUUCCCCCUGCCCCAACCUCGUCUCAGCGAAUGGGCAAGAGGCGGUACUCCCUGGGCGUCGGCUUCAAGGGACUGGCUAAGCGAAGGAGGCGGGCCAACAGCGACAGCCAAUCAGAACCUGUUCUACCCAGCAACUUCCUGCUUGGUGGGAACAUCUUCGACCCGCUGAAUCUCAACUCCCUUCUGGAUGAGGAAGUUAACAGGUCGACCAAUCAGGCGACGCCAAAGUGUUCGCCCUUGCCGUCGCGGGGCGGUGACCCUGUAGAGAUCCUGGUCCCCCGUGACAUCACCGACCCCCUGAACCUAGAGGGGGCGGGAGGGGUCCUGCUGUCACCCCUGAAGACCAGGAAAAGACCCAGGAACCGCCAUCACACCAUCACUGUGGAAACACGGUCCUUACCCCCAACAGUACCGCCGGUCACAAGAGGGGUCAGUGUUCCCCCGUCUCCGCUCCCCUGUGAGCUCAACACGUCCAUCAACUGUCGUGACGACGUGGUCCCGCCCCUUACCCUACCCCGGAGACACACCCACCCUCCACUUAGCCAGCCUCGCAAGGCCCGUAACCAUGGAGACGGUCCCCGUAACCAGGGAGACCGUCAUCGGAGGCGCCGCCGUACCACCUCUGUGAGGUCAUCGGAAAGCGUCACAGCUGUCAGUGUCGCCCAACCAACCAGGUUCCAGACCCCUUUAGUGGGCGGGGCCAAACCCAGCAGAUGUGGAGGAGUUCCUGGAACAGAGUGCCCGCCACAGAAGAAGACAAAGGACAGGCAUCGCUAUCAGCAUGGCGGCCACAGCCGUUACUAUGGUUACCAUGGGUUCUACGGGGACCAAUGGGAGGGCAGGGUCGGAGCGGGGCCGGACCCUCGUCUCAGGCUUCUGAAACCUGAUUGGUUUAAAGAGAGGCGGGUCCUGGACAUUGGCUGUGGAAGCGGUCACGUGACUCUGACCAUCGCUCGGCACUUUGGGCCCACACACAUCCUGGGACUCGAUCGCGACCAGCGAUUGGUCGACGCUGCGACCCACAACAUCAGACACUUCCUGUCACAUGACCUGGUGCUCGCAGAGAGACACCAAGGCCAUGCUGGGAAAGAGGAGGGGAGAGGAGAAGGGGAGACGUCCUUCCCUCUCUCCUUCAGGGUGUCUCGUGGACCUCUGGCCGCACCUUUCCUCCUCCCCACCCUCGACGCAGGGUUCCCUAGCAACGUCACCUUCAUCACGGGCGACUACGUGUGCCGCCAGGAGUCGUGGCCCGGGCGCGGCACGUACGACGUCAUCCUGUGUCUGGGCGUGACCAAGUGGGUGCAGCUCCAAUCAGGGGACGCGGGCGUGGUGCGUCUGUUCAAACGGGCCUAUCAGAGCCUGGCGCCAGGCGGAAUGUUCAUCCUGGAAUCCCAGCCGUGGAGCAGCUACAGCCACAGCAAGAAGGCCUCGGAAACGACCUAUCAGAACUACAGAACACUGAGGCUCCGCCCAGAAGACUACAGCUGUCACCUGACACAGACAACUGGCUUCACAUCCUACCGCCUGCUCACAGAAUCUGGUGAUCAGAGACCACUGUACGUUUUUCACAAAGGCCCCUCCCAGAGGAAGUAACUCAGGAAGAGGAACCUUCACGGGAAGGGAUACAGGAAGAGGAACCUACCAUGGUUUCCAUGGGGAUGACUGGAGGAUUGAAAGACAAACCUGUUGCCACACACACACACACACACACACACACACACACAGCUGGGAGAUCGGACAGCUGAUUGUCAAAUAAACUGUCAAAUUAAAUAAACUCAAAUAAAGUGUGACUGAAAGGCCUUCUGGGUAAGGAGAGAUGUCAGUAGGUACGACUGAUUCAUAUAUCUAUUGAUGACAUCAACUCCUCCAGAGCUGCCUCAAUUGCUCCUGGUUUUAAUAAACUACUGAUGACAGUUCGGCUCUGUUUUCAUGUUCCCACAAACACUAUAUAGAUAUAUUUAUAUCGAUAUAAGUAUAUAUAACUAGUGCUAUUUACAUCUAGCUUGAGCUGGUCAAAUAGUCUCUACUACAGAUCUACAGGUUAGUCUAUACUCAACAGGUUAGUUAAUUUUCUCUAAAGGUAAGUCUAAUGGUAGGUUAGUCUACACUCUACAGGUUAGUGAGUACCCUCUACAGGUAGGUUAGUCUACAAUACAGGUUAGUGAGUCUACCCUCUACAGGUAGGUUAGUCUACACUCUAUAGGUAGGUUAGUGAGUACCUUACAGGUAGGUUAGUCCAUACAGGUUAGGUAUUCUAAAGGUAAGUUAGUAUACAGGUUAUUCUACUCUACAGGUAGGUCUACCUGGAGAGUAACUACCCUAACUAUUUAGUCAGUAACAAGUCCAACUACACUAGCUCUUCGUAGUUAUCCCCAGCCGUCUAACUACAACACAGUAGUUGUAUGGGCAGUUCUAUAGAGCUAAGCUAAAACCUCCUUGAUAACUGAUGUAGACACAAUCGCACUUUGGCUCUUUUAGCCAAAGGCCUCCAGCAUCCACAGCAACAGAACUUAUAUAGAAAAUAUUUUGCCAAAAGUCACAUUUGCAGGACACCCAGAGCUACAGUAGUUAUCCCAUAACCUAACAUGGUACCACAGGAUAAAGAUCGUACCUCAGUAAUAAAAUAGUACCAAUGGACUAUUAUAGCACAAUAAUACCACAGUAUUAACAUAGUACUACCAUAGUAUAACAUAACUAACCUAGUACCACAGU